CUGCCUUUGAACAAGCUCCACCAUCGCAGUCGGUUCAGUCCUUGGAAAAUGUUGUUGUAAACAUCGCCAAUGGCUUCCGGUUCCUUCUUCACCUCUCUCGAAGCUGGCUCCAUGAGUUGUUUUUCCUGCUGCAACCACCAAUCACUUUUCUGGUGCUUACGUUUCCCGUCGUUACAUUUUCACACGCUUCGACUCCCUCCGGCGAAACCUAAGCUUAAUCACCAGUUCCUUGUUUUCAAGUGCUCCAGUUCGAGUUCGGAUUCCGUUUCUGUUGAUGUAGAUCUCCUUUCCUCAACCGAGUGUUCCGAUGGCAGCGUUAUCUUCCGGUUUGGAAACGCGAGUGAAAUGGCAAUACUUGAAGGUCAAACUCAAACGAACGAUGAAAGUGCUACGGCUGUUGCCAAAGUUGGUCGCGAAGAUUUGGACAAGGAAGAUAAGAGCAGUUUUGAAGCGGUUGGUGUUUCUGUUGGGGAUUCUGAAUCAGUGGAGCCUGGGAAGAAGAAAGUUCACCGUAACUUUCUGGUUAAAUCUUCACCUAAGAGAAAACAACGACUAAAUGCAAACCAAGUAACUGAAGCUGUUAAAGAGAAAGCUGCUUCUGUUGUCAGUGAUGACAGAGAGAGUGGGAAAAAUUCAGUUGUUUCUUCUAAACAUAUAAAUCCUGAAGAACCAUCUGAUGAUGAGCUUGAGAAUGUUGUUAAAAUAGAAACUGAUAAUUUCCUCGAGGAAAAUAGUGCGAGCACUAGAAAAAAAAAUGAAGGUUUUAGUAAUUUGAAUGUGGUAUUAAAUCAAGAUUUAGUUCAUUAUGUAGGAAAGGUUUCUCCUCCAUUGGCAGCGUCUGUUAUUGAAAGUAAAUAAACAGUCAGUUAGGUUCUCCAGAGUUGGGUUCCAAAGU